AUGCCUUCUCGGGAACCUCUGAUACCCGAAGAUGAAUUGGUGGACGAAGAGAUCUACCCAGGCUAUCAUUCCACCAAAUUCUACCCAGCGAAUCCGGGUGAAUUAAUCGCCAACCGCUAUCAAGUCCUAGUCAAAGCCGGCUGGGGUGCCUCCUCUACUGUGUGGCUUGCACGUGAUAUAAGAGGAAAUGAAGAAGGACCAGAAAGUGUCGUAACGCUAAAGAUAGCAAAUACGAAAUCUGAUCAAAACGAAGCCGAGGACAAACGACAAAUUGAGGAACACAUUGCGAACACAGAUCCAUCACAUCGCGGCUAUGCACUAUUUCGAACAAAUGUGGAUUCCUUUGAGAUCACUGGUCCUAGUGGAAGGCAUAUAUGUCUGGCAUAUGAGCCUAUGAGGGAACCAUUCUGGCUUUUCCAAAGGCGAUUUGAAGAUCGGCUUAUUCCCCUUCCGAUUGUCAAGACGUACAUUCUCUUUCUCCUUGCAGGUCUCAUAGAUUUUCUAUGGUAA